UAUUUACAAAGAAAUAUGCAGCAGCAGGAGGUUCCUUCCUCCAACAAGGAGGAGGUGGAGGAGGAGGAGCACACUCAGUCAGGCUCUCCGCAGUCCGGCAGGACUCAGGAGUCAUCCGGACGUCAGGUGAUGACGGCGGGUUCAAGAAGAUGUAAAGCGGCCAUGGCGGCGCCCUCCGCGGACUCCUCGGGCAGGAUCACCCCGGAGAUGUUGCAGGAGACUCUCCAGCACUACAACCUGAGCCGGCAGGACUUCAUCAGCACCUACAACAUCCAGCCUCUGGUCUACGUCCCCGAGCUGCCCCGCGCCGCCAAGACCGCCUUCGUGCUCAUGUACGCGCUCAUCUUCGUGUUGGCGCUGGCGGGAAACAGCCUGGUGAUCCACGUGGUGCUGAAGAAGAGAGCGGUGCACACAGCCACAGACAUCUUCAUCUGCUCGCUGGCCGUCAGCGACCUGCUCAUCACCUUCUUCUGCGUGCCUUUCACGCUGCUGCAGAACAUCUCGUCCGAGUGGUUCGGAGGGGUUCUAGUGUGCAAGACGGUUCCCUUCGUGCAGACCACGGCUGUAGUGACGGGCAUCCUCACCAUGACCUGCAUCGCCGUCGAGAGAUACCAGGGCAUCGUUUUCCCGUUACGAACGAGGCAACAGUCCACGUCCAAAAGAGCGUACAAGAUGCUGGGGUUUGUGUGGAUGGCCUCGGUCAUCGUGGGUUCUCCGAUGCUCUUCGUGCAGCAGCUGAAGGUGAAGUACGACUUUGUGUACGACCACCACCACGUGUGCUGCCAGGAGAUGUGGCGCUCGCUGGCUCACAGGCAGGCGUACACCACCUUCAUCAUGGUGGCGCUGUUCCUGCUGCCCCUGGCCGCCAUGCUGUUCCUCUACACCCGCAUCGCUUUUGAGCUGUGGAUCCGCAAGAGGGUGGGAGACUCGUCUGUGCUCAACAGCAUGAACGACCGAGAGUUGGUCAAGAUCUCCAGGAAAAAGAAGCGAGCCGUCAAGAUGAUGAUCACCAUAGUCCUGCUCUUCACCGUCUGCUGGGCUCCUUUCCACACCGUCCACAUGCUCUUUGAAUACUACGACUUGGAGAAGAAAUACGACGGCGUGACGGUGAACAUGAUCAUCGCCGUGGUGCAGGCCAUCGGCUUCUUCAACAGCUUCAACAACCCCAUCGUGUACACGUUCAUGAACGAGAACUUCAAGAAGAGCUGCAUCUCCACGCUGUCGCAGUGCAUGCGGCAGAACAGCCACGCCGUGGUGGCCGCCGCCGCGCCUCCUUCGCCGAAAGUCGCCGUGCAGUUCAUCAAGCCGCAAACCAGAGAGGCCUUCCUGGAGUCGUUUGAGGGGGCGGCGCAGCACGUGGCGGAGAAAGGUCCAUCGAGUUCGUCGUGCGGCAAGAGCUCCCUGCUCGGUGAGAAGAUCUCCACCAUUCAGACGGAGCUCGGCGCCAACUCCCACACGAAAUGAGCAAGACUUUUUUUUUUUUUUUUUAUGACGUUGUACUGUUGUAAUUUGUGACGUUGGAAUGUAAUUAAAAUAUUAUGGCGUCUACUUUGCUAUAUUGAGGUCAUCACUUUUUUUGU